AUCGAAAAAGAUUUGGACCCGAUUGGACAAAAAGUAUUUGCUGGUUUCAAGAAAUUAAAUAAAGUGCAAUCAAUCGUAUAUAGCACUGCCUGUAAUACUAAUAAUAAUAUGUUGAUUUGUGCUCCAACUGGUGCUGGUAAAACAAAUAUCGCCAUGUUGACUAUUCUAAAUGAAUUGAGACGGCAUUGUGAUCCUGAAACAUUAAUGGUAAACGGAUCUGAAGAGUUCAAAAUAAUAUACAUCGCUCCAAUGAAAGCACUUGCCUCUGAGAUGACGGAUAGUUUUGCCAAAAGAUUGAAAGCUUGUGGAGUAAAGGUUAAGGAAUUAACUGGUGACAUGCAAUUGUCCAAAGCAGAAAUUAUUGAAACUCAUAUGAUCAUUACUACUCCGGAAAAAUGGGAUGUUGUCACUAGAAAACCCAAAGGCGAAGUUGAAUUAAUGAAGUUGGUUAAAUUGUUAGUUAUUGAUGAAGUUCAUCUGUUACAAUCUGAUCGAGGUCCAGUGGUUGAAGCAUUAGUUGCAAGAACGCUGCGUCAUGUGGAAUCAACUCAAUCAAUGAUUAGAAUUGUCGGUUUAUCGGCAACAUUGCCCAAUUAUGUUGAUGUUGCUACAUUCUUACGUGUUAACUUAAGAGAAGGAUUAUUCUUCUUCGAUGACAGAUUUCGCCCAGUUCCAUUAGGGCAGACUUUCAUCGGAAUCAAGUCUACUUUUCCUUCAGCACAAAUGAAUGAUAUGGACGAAAUUUGUUACGACAAGGUUCAUCAUUUUGUUUCUCGUGGUCAACAAUGCAUGGUCUUUGUCCAUGCUCGUAAUUCAACUUACAAAACUGCUACUACCAUCAAAGAUUCGGCUCAAAUGGCUGGACAUUUAGAGUUGUUUAGACCUGAGAUGUCACCAUCAGUACAAAAAUUGAUUGACCGUCCAACAAACGGGGUACUUCGUGAUCUUCUCAAAUAUGGGUUAGCAGUACAUCAUGCUGGUCUUACCCGUACUGAUCGUAAUCUAGUUGAAAAACUCUUCAAAGAAGGAGUUGUGAAAGUGUUGGUUUGUACUUCCACUCUUGCUUGGGGUGUUAAUCUUCCAGCUCAUGCUGUUAUUAUCAAAGGAACAGAGCUUUAUGAUCCAUCACAAGGAAAUUAUGUUCAAUUAGAUGUUUUAGAUGUAAUGCAAAUUUUCGGACGUGCGGGUCGACCACAAUACGAUAAAGAAGGUUUUGCCACAAUCAUCACAACACAUGAUAAAUUGAGACACUAUCUUACUACCUUGACCUGUCAAUAUCCUAUUGAAUCUCAGUUUAUCAAAAGCAUUACCGAUCAUUUAAAUGCUGAAGUUGUCCUCGGUACUGUAACAACUAUUGACGAGGCUGUUGAAUGGCUUGGUUAUUCUUAUUUCUACGUACGAAUGACAAAAAAUCCUUUAGUUUACGGUAUAACUCAUGAUACUAUUAUUAAUGAUCCCGGUUUGAUCAACAAAAGACGCGAGUUGAUUAUUGCUUCCGCCGUGGAACUAGACAAAGCCCGAAUGGUCCGUUACGAUGAAGACACGGGAUGCCUUGAUCCAACUGAUUUGGGUAGAACUGCAAGUCAUUAUUAUAUUAAGUAUAAAACAAUUGAGAUAUUUAAUGGAUUGCUAGAUGCUCAUAUGAUGGAAGAUGCUAUUUUAGAUAUGAUUAGUAACUCUCAAGAAUUUGAUCAAUUAAAGUCUCGUGAGGAGGAAAUGGACGAGCUCACUCAUUUAAAUCACAAUUAUACUUGGCUAAAAGUUGGUGGUUCAGUUGACGAUAAAAAUGGCAAAGUUAACGUCUUGCUGCAGGCCUAUUUAUCUCGAGCUAAACUAGAACAAGCUUCCCUUUCUUCCGAUAUGAUGUACAUUGUUCAGAAUUCCGUUAGAAUCGUUCGUGGUCUAUUUGAAUAUGUCUUGAGACGAGGAUAUGCUUCAUUGGCCCAUAAGUUUUUAACCUUGUCCAAAAUGUUGGAGAAAGAAAUGUGGCAUCACGACUCUCCUUUUCAUCAAUUUGCUCGUUCCUUGGGUCAUCAUGAUUUGGAUAAAAUCGAACGGCUAGGCAUUACAGUGAACAAAAUUAAGUCUGAUGAACUAUCAACUCGUGAUUUAUCUAACCUAAUGAGGAUUGAAUCGAAAGGAGCUUUAUUGAAAAAAUUAGCCUACACAUUGCCUUGUCUCGAUAUUGAAGCAACUCUACAACCAAUUACACGAACUGUUCUUAGAGUUACUCUUCGUAUUACUCCUUCAUUCAAUUGGGAUGAUUCUUUUAAUGGUAAAAAAAGUGAACCCUUUUGGAUUUGGAUGCAAGAUGCUGAUAGUCAACAUAUCUAUCAUUCUGAAUUUUUCAAAGUUACCAAAAAGCAAGCUAUCAGGAAAGAAACUCAAACCUUGACCUUUACCAUACCCUUAUUGGAUCCAGAUAACCUUCCUUCUCAUUACAUUAUCCAUUCAGAUUCUGAUAGAUGGUUAGGAUGUGAUCGAGAAGAAUCAAUAGCUUGUAUUGGACUAGUGCUUCCUGAAAAAUUUUUACCCUUCACCAAGUUGCUGGAUCUAAAUCCUUUACCAGUAACAGCCUUACAAAACUCUGCCUACGAAUCGCUUUUCAAAUUUACCCACUUUAACCCAAUUCAAACUCAACUAUUCCACACUCUUUACCAUACUGACAACAAUGUGCUUCUCGGUGCUCCAACUGGUUCUGGUAAAACAAAUUGUGCCGAGAUUGCCAUUUUUCGAGCUUUCAAUGUAUAUCCUGGUUGUAAAAUUGUUUAUAUCGCACCUCUUAAAGCCUUAGUUCGUGAACGUGUCAAUGAUUGGAGGGUGCGAUUAGAAGAAAAACUAUCUAAACCAGUGGUUGAAUUAACUGGUGAUGUUACUCCAGAUGUAAAGAAAAUAAUGUCAGCCAAAAUAAUCGUUACAACACCUGAAAAAUGGGAUGGUAUCAGUCGUUCUUGGCAAACUCGUCAAUAUGUACGUGAUGUUUGUUUAAUUAUUAUUGAUGAAAUACAUUUGCUUGGUGAGGAUCGUGGUCCUGUUUUAGAAGUUAUUGUAUCUCGAACGAAUUUCAUCAAUAGUCAUACCGGACGUAAAAUGCGAAUCAUCGGUCUAUCAACAGCAGUGGCCAAUGCUCAAGACUUGGCCAAUUGGCUUGGAAUUGAGAAAAUAGGUCUCUACAAUUUCCGACCUUCUGUUCGACCCGUACCACUUGAAGUUCAUGUUUCUGGUUAUCCUGGUAAACAUUAUUGUCCUCGAAUGGCUUUGAUGAAUAAACCCACCUUUAAAGCAAUUAAACAACAUUCUCCAGACAAACCUGUGAUAGUUUUUGUCUCAUCUCGUCGACAAACCCGUUUAACUGCCCUUGAUUUGAUUGCCUUCCUUGCCAUGGAUAAUCCUAAACAAUGGGUACACAUGAGUGAUGAAGAAAACAAUUAUCUCAUCCAAAACAACAUAAAAGACAGCAAUCUUAAAUUGACCUUAGCUUUUGGUAUUGGUUUACAUCAUGCCGGUCUUCAUGAGAAAGAUCGCUCCUUAGUGGAAGAAUUGUUUCUUAAUCAAAAAAUUCAAGUUCUCAUUACAACAGCAACUCUUGCUUGGGGAGUCAAUUUACCCGCUCAUUUAGUUGUUAUCAAAGGAACCGAGUUUUAUGAUGGAAAAAUUCAUCGUUAUGUAGAUUUCCCUAUUACCGAUGUACUUCAAAUGAUGGGUAGAGCGGGUAGACCUCAAUUUGACAAAGAAGGUAUCGCUGUUAUCCUGGUUCAUGAUAUAAAAAAGGAAUAUAUAAAAUUUCUAUAUGAACCAUUCCCAGUAGAGUCACAUCUUAUCCCAGUCAUUGAAGAUCAUAUUAAUGCUGAAAUUGUUGCUGGAACCUUGGCAACCAAAUCUGACUGUGUUGAAUAUCUUUCAUGGACUUAUCUGUUUCGACGUUUAUUUAAAAAUCCAAGUUAUUACGAGCUAGCUGGCUCUGACUUACAAACAAUCAAUCUUUUCCUUUCGCAAUUAACUGAUCGUGCAAUAAAUGCAUUACAGUCAUCUCAAUGCUUAGAAGUUGAUGAAGAUGACGACAGAACUUUAUAUGCAACUCCACUGGGAAGAAUUUCUUCAUUCUAUUAUCUAAACCACAAGACUGUUCGAAUGUUUCAAGAUCAACUGUCCAAUGAUAUUAAAAUUGAAAGAUUACUUCACAUUUUGGCCUCUGCAGCUGAAUAUAAUGAGCUUCCAGUGCGACAUAAUGAAGAUUUGUUGAAUGAAGAUUUAGCCAAGAAAUGUCGUUUCCCAGUAACUCAUGGAGCAACAUAUGACUGUUCACAUACCAAAGCAUAUCUACUUCUUCAGUCUCACUUUUCGCGCCUUGAACUUCCUUCCACCGAUUAUUAUACAGAUUUGAAAUCCGUUUUGGACCAAGCAAUCCGUAUUAUCCAAGCUAUGAUCGACAUUUCAUCAAUGAAUGGCUACCUUGUUGCCACUUUAGGUUUAAUUUCAAUCUUGCAAAUGAUUAUUCAAGCUCGUUGGUUUGAUUCUCCACCCUUCUUAACCUUACCUCAUGUUGAUGAAAUUGUUUUGCCUCAAUUCAAGCGAUUUCUUUCCUUACAUUUGCCUGAAUUAAUAUCAAUUGUUGAUAGUAAAGGAUUUGCAUUUUUAACAAGACAUCUGGACAAUAUGUUAGAUGUAAAACAAAUUAGAGAUAUUUAUCAAACAAUCAAUGGAUUACAGAUAAACUUAAAGGUAACCAUUAAGAGAGCUGACGAUGAAAGUCGUGCCGUUGAUGUUGACCUCGAUUUACCUGAUACCUCAAUUAAAGCACGUCAUUAUAUUGAAUUGGAAGCUGAUACUGAUUAUUUGAUAAAUUUCAUGGUUUCACGACCUCCAAGACCUGAAGCUAAACCUAGGAAACAUGUUUUUGCGCCGAAAUAUGCCAAAGCUAAAGAUGAAAACUGGAUAUUUAUUAUUGGUGAUUCUAAUACUCGAGAGUUGAUUGCUCUUAAGCGUUCUGGUUUCAUUGGAAAUAAACCAAUGACUAUAAGUUUGAUUAUACGUACACCCACACAAUACGGUCGAUUCAUUUAUUCACUCUAUCUACUGAGCGAUGCUCUUAUUGGAUUGGACCAACAAUAUGAUUUAGGAAUAGAUAUUGUUUCUAAAUCGGGACCAUGAGUCGUUCUGUCAUCUUUUGUUAUUUCAAAAUUCCUGUCAUCAAACCCGGUUGUUUAAAAAUUUGAAAAUUUGCUAAAUAAGAUUCAAGAUCUGAAUUAGCACAAAAAAAUUGUAAAGGUGAUCAAAUUUUUCCGUUUUGUAAAGAAAAAUGUGAUAUUCUGAUAGAUGAAAAUAUUUAUAAAUUAUUGAUAUAAAUUAAAUGCGUUGCUGAAAUCAAGAA